AUGCAUUUGGAUUCAGCUAGUAAGGGUCAUUUUAUGGGAAUGGAUGUAGAUGAUGGGCUCGCUUUGGUGGAGAAUGUUGCUCUUAGUGAUGGAAACUAUCCAGAGGAGUAUGAUCGAAGUGAUAGAGGAGAUAGCUCAGUCAAUGAUGAAAGCACAAGAAGGAGAUCAAAGACAUUGAAUGACAAGCUUGACAAGAUCUUGACUGGCCAACAAAAGCAAGUUCACUUUGUUUGUGAGGAUGAUGUGAACCAAGAGGGGGAGGACCAACAAACUGAGGAAGUGUGCUAUAUGAGUAAUCAGGGAGGUUACUACAAAGGGUUACAACACAAACAACAACACGAACCUCUCUUACCGCAGCACCAAUGUGGAGAAUCCACAAGACCAGCUAAGAGCCACAACAUACCUUCCUCUUCAAAGGGAAUGCUUCCUGGAAAAGCAAUCGCAAACCCAAAGGAGUAUGUGCAAGCAAUUACUCUUAAGAGUGGGAGAGUUCUUCCGGAGAGAGUGGUACCAUCAAGACGCAACGAGGACGUUGCGAUUCAAGAGGAGGAGGAGUCAGUCGACAUUGAAGCUGAGGAGAGUUGA